UUGGCUCAGCAUACCAAAAUGAUCAAUCUAUAUCGAGCAGAUCACGAGGAAUGUUUAAUUUUUAAUUUUGUAGAGCUUAGUUCAUUAAUUUAAAAAAAAAUAUUUUACUUGUUCAUGUUUUGUGUACAAAUUAAAUAAUUUUUCUAGUGGAACAUUAAAUACCAUCAACGAUAUAAAUCUAAUUCUCAAGAUAUAGCUGGACAUCACAUCAUUCGACCCUUCAUUUUUCACAGACUCCACAACUAUGACGAAACACUAUCCCACGCCGUUUACGCCCAAAGAUUCGACCGAAAUGUGCAUGCAAGCUAGAAAGCCGUUGUCGGCCUGCCACACGGAGAACUUCGUGUUUCUCAGGUUCCUCAUGCAUCUUUUUGGGUACACCGUUGACGGACCACCGACGCCGGACAAUAAACACGUACUACUUGAAUCCGCGACGACGGAUACACAGACCGAGUUGCAUUUCUUGGAUGGUUAUCAACAUCUGUUCGAUGAAACAUUUAUGUCCGUGUUCCAGAAAAAGAGGCGGAAAAGAGCCACGGAUGAACAGUACGAUUUCGUGAUAAUCGGUGCCGGAUCUGCGGGCUGCGUCGUCGCAAACAGGUUGUCGGAGAUUAAAGACUGGAAGGUAUUACUCCUUGAAGCCGGGAUCGAGGAACCAGAAUUUUCUUCCGUGCCAGGUCUUGCCCCUUUACAAUUAGGAAGCAAGAUCGAUUGGAAUUAUACAACACAGCCUGAUGAACACAUAUGUAGGUCCAGACCUGGAGGUAUGUGUGAUUGGGCAAGGGGCAAAGUAAUGGGGGGGUCAAGCACGAUCAACUAUAUGAUUUAUACUCGAGGAAACAUGGAUGAUUAUAACGAAUGGGAACGUAUGGGAAAUGAUGGGUGGGGAUAUGAAGAUGUUCUUCACUAUUUUAAAAAAUCCGAGGAUAAUGAAGAUCCAGAAGUUUAUAAGAAAAACCCAAAGUUUCAUGGCAAAGGCGGAUAUCUCACGGUGGAGUGGUUUCCAUACGUAGACCCUACAGCAGUAGCUUUAAUAAAGGCAUGGCAAGAGAUUGGUUUGCAUUAUGUAGACGUAAAUGCCGAAAAUCAAAUAGGCGUAACUCACUUACAAUCGACAGCUAGGCACGGCGAACGAAUGAGCACUAACAAAGCGUUCAUAAGACCGAUUAGAAAAAAACGGAAAAACUUAACGGUUUUAACAGACGCACAUGUUAUUAGGAUAUUGAUCGAGAAGAAACGAGCUAUUGGGGUGGAGUUUUUGUAUAAGAAAAAAAUUAGAACGGUGUUUGCAAAAAAAGAGGUGAUUCUGAGUGCCGGCAGUCUAAACUCACCAAAAAUUCUCAUGCUCUCCGGUAUCGGGCCCAAAAAACACUUAGAGAAUAUGAAAAUCAAAGUCGUGAAGAACUUAGCCGUUGGGAAGAACCUACAGGAUCACGUCACGUCUGACGGCGUCGUAAUACGUGUGAAAAAAACCGCUACCGACAAGCCACUCAAAGAAAAAAAGGAAGACGCUGUUUUGUACAAAAAAAAAAGAGAAGGUCCUCUGGCGGCCACUGGCCCAUUACAAUGUGGCGUAUUCCUUCAAACCAAAUAUGAAGAUUCAAUGGAUUUGCCGGACAUAAAUUAUGCAUUUGAUAAUGGCAACGAGAAAGAUUGGAUUAUCGACCCUGCAAAUGCCACAAAAUUCGGUAUGUCUCCUGUUUCUUAUUACGAAGCGAUUAACGUAAGACCGAUUUUGUUGAAGCCAAAAAGUAGAGGAUGUAUAUUACUCAACAAAACCCAUCCAAUUUGGGGCCAACCACUGAUUUAUCCACGUUUCUUUACGGAAGGAAAUGAUCUUGAUAUACUCGUUGAAGGUAUGAAAAUUGGAGCAAACCUGGUGAACACGGCAUCGAUGCGCAAAGCGGGGGCGGAACUUGUGGACGUUCCGGCAAAGGCAUGCAAGGCAUAUAAAUUCGGCUCAGACAAGUACUGGGCGUGUGUGGCCAUGGAGUACACGGCCACCAUAUACCAUCCGGUAGGCACGUGCAAGAUGGGACCGGAACAGGACGAGGAAGCUGUCGUCGACCCGGAACUACGCGUGUAUGGGGUCGCAGGUCUCAGAGUGGUGGACGCUUCCAUCAUGCCGACUAUCGUCCGGGGAAACACGAACGCACCAACCAUAAUGAUAGCGGAAAAGGCGUCAGACAUGAUCAAGGAAAAAUGGCAUCAGCAUACGUCGACUGACGAUAACGCGGCUGUAUUCGACGAAUAACGAUCACAAUCAUAUAAUUAUUAGUACUAUAUAUAUGGCGAUCGUUUUUGCGUUCAGCGACAUUGAGACCGUGGGCCACAGUUUCCAAAAUGUAGUCAUUUUUGAAUUUUUUUUCUCAUGUAUUACUCUUAGAGGUGAUCUACGUCUGACAAUUCUGUUAGACUUACCCAUCAUACAAGCGCAUAUCACCAUGAAAUAUUGUUUUUGAAAAAAAUUCUGAAAUUGAAAGAGUAAAAAAUAAAACAAUAUAGUGAAGACGAUCCUAUAUUUAAAUGUUAUCACAUUUCUAUAAAUACACAGAGUGAUUAUUUAAUGAUGCUCACCCCUAUUUUCAAUUUAAUAAUACAUUUAUUCAAAUUCUGAUUUUUUGGAAUUUUUAUGUAUACCAAAAAAACAUAUUUUUAAAUUGCUGAUAUUUUUUAUACUGUUUACGUUAGGAAUGGUCUGUGGCGAUAUAAACUUCUAUUUUUAAAAUGAGAACUUUCUUUUUUUAGUGUAAAUUAUUUAGUGGAUGAUUUUCUUGAAAAUAUUGAUGUAUCUAAAGCAAAAUUGUAAUAAGUAAUUUCUGAAUUACUAAAAUGUUUAUGCUACUGAAACAGAAGUUUAUAUUAUCACAGGAUCAACCAUAAGUGGUACAAAAAAUUUCAAAUAUUCAAAAAUAUUUAUCUUCAAGCCAUAUUGGUAUUUCAAAAAUCCCAAAAAUCUGAAUUUGAAUGUAUGUAUAUAUUUUUAACUAUAUAUAUUAUAAUUUAAUCAUACAAAUAGGGUGAGAGUGCUUAAAAAAUUACCCAGUAUAAUAUAAUGAUUACAUUUGGAAUUUAUGUUGUACUCCAGUGCGCUAGUUCUGAAUGCAGCAAUCAAAAUUUAGUGAAAUGCUUAACCAAAAACCAAAAAGUAUGCAAUAGCUUGUUUUUUAUAUACUAUUUUUGUGUUUCAACUACAAUACACGGUAUGAUACAGUAGUUUAUUAUUAAAUAAAAUAUAAAACUAUUAUAGUACGAAGUUUUUUUAAAAGAUUUGAAGAUAUAAACAUGCAUUUUAUCAGCAUAACUUUGUUAGUUGAAUAAUAGUGUAUUAUUACAAGUUGAUUUUUCUUUUUAAUUUCAUCGUGACAGUAAUAAUAAGUAGCUAUCGUAAUAUAUACACGGUUCGUGAUGUGUGUGCAUAAUUCGCUUACUGCAAUGUAGACUGCAGAACUUAACAGAAACAGGCCAAUGUUGCACGUGUUCAUCCAUAUAUUACGAGAACGUAUUCAAAAAUAAAUUAUCGAUCCAAAAACCUAAGUCAAAAAUGUUGAUCACAUCAUCAACCAUCUGGUUAGUACUUUUUAAAUUUCAAAUCUAUAAAUUCAUUAGAAACAUAGAAAACUUCAAAACUGCAGAAAAUUGUACGAAAUACGUAUCAUCUAUAUAAGUAUUGGAUAAAUUAAGGAAAAAAAUUUCGAUGAAAUAGCUCAGCUGUAACAUUCGUAUAGUAGCAUUUUUACUACAUUUUGAUAAUCUAUGACAACCCUUGACUUUUCAUAGAUUAAAACUGUUUGGACAUAAAAAAAGUACCUACCUACAAAAUUCUACGAAAUGAAUAAUAUAAUAUUCAUUUAGAAGGGCGUUUUAUCUAUACAUACUCAUUAUUCGCACAUCAUUACGAAUUGAACCUGAACAUAUAAAAUUUUCUACUUUUACAUUAUAUAACAUUGUAUACACAUAAAUUUGCUAAAACCGAGUCCUCGUAAUAAUAUGUAUAAAUGUGUUAUAUACUUCUAUGUGGACUUAUACCAGUUAUUAGAUACCUAUUUAAAUAUUCGAAAUCUCAAUAUUUUAUCUCUCAUUUUUAUUUUUAUUUUUUAUUGGUAUUAU